GAUUAGCUUAAAGCCCAAUCGGUCUUGUUUUCUCGUCGGAGGUGAAAUGCAAUUGUUUAUCAAUUUAACAAAUAUACACGAAACAAAAACCGAAAACAAAUAUGAACAGCAAGUGUUAAACAAUAACUAUCAUAAUACAAUGCGGGCUGCCAAGCAGUAAUGAAUUAUUCAAAGCAAAAGUGAAUCAAAACAGAUAAAAGCAGCAUCAGCGAUGGACACAAAUUCGAUGAACUUUAUGGACGCUCCGCUGGACGAGUCCAUGGAUUUGUUCAAGGCGGAGGAUGCCUUCGACAUGAUCAAUGAGGUCCUGCAUUCGGACAUGCUGGACAGCCUGCUCAACGAAAUGGAUCUAGAGCCGGCGCAAAUGUACAACAUGCUGCAAAUGGAUGAUGCACCUCGAACGCAUCCCCAACCGACAGCGAUGGAGCAGCAAGCGCAUGUGAAGAGCGAACACUCAUCACCAGUGCAUAUCAAAGAGGAGCAGCAGCAGCAGCAGCAACAGCCGCCACUGCUGGUCUACAAGCCGGAUCCACUAAUGGCCUCCAACUAUAAUCUCCCCCAGCAGCAACAGCAGCAGCAGCCGACGCUUCUAAAGGCCGCCCAACCCACGGCCACCAUCCAUCACAUGGACGCACUACGAUUGCCCCCCGUUUAUACCCCAGCUUUGGGCAACAGCUUUAUCUACCAGACCAACUCCCCUCCAACUUCACCGGCGGAGUCAUCGCCGCAGAAUGUCAAUGUCAUGCAGCCUAUUCCUACGGCUGCGACUAAAUUGGCUUUGCAGCAGCAUCCUCAACCCUUCAUAAUGUACGCCCAGCCAAUGGCCACAAGUCCUGUACUUUUGACCUCGGCUUCCCCCAUGCCCGUGCUAAUGGAAUCGAAACCUACGACGACCACGGUGACACCGACUUCUGUGGCAAGUCCAAAGACAUCGCCACCUGUGGCUUCACCGCCGAGCAGCCGGGCUAGCAAAGUACGUGUGGCACCGCUGGCACCUUCCAGCGACACAACUGAGAUUCAGGGCAAGAUGCCCAUCAACCGGGUGCAACCCAAAGUGAAGGAGGUGAAGCGCUCUGCACAUAACGCGAUUGAGCGGCGCUAUCGCACCUCGAUCAAUGACAAGAUCAAUGAGCUGAAGAACCUGGUGGUGGGCGAGCAGGCCAAGCUUAACAAAUCCGCAGUGCUGCGGAAGUCUAUCGACAAGAUUCGUGAUCUACAGCGACAGACCCAUGAUCUGAAGGCAGAGCUUCAACGCCUGCAGAGGGAACUGAUGGCCCGCGACGGCUCCAAGGUAAAGGAUCUGCUGCAACUGGGCACGCGGACGGGACGAGUCUCCAAGAAGCGUCGCGAGAGCUCGCUGACCACCACCACGGAUGCGGGACUCACACCGCCCCACAGCGACGAGUCGGAUCCUUCGCUUUCGCCCAUUCACUCGGACAUUUCCAUGCCGCCGUCACCGUACGGCGGAUCCACUGCCAGUUGUAGCAGUGGCAGUGGCGAUGAACAACUGCCCGUCGUGCCCAGCUCCAUGCGGGGCAUGGCGGCCCACUCUCGGCUCGGACUGUGCAUGUUUAUGUUUGCUAUACUCGCGGUCAAUCCUUUCAAGAAUUUCCUUCAGCGCGGGCAGUACGACAGUAAUGACGACAUUGGCGAAUUGAGCGGUCAACGACGCAUUCUCUCCUACGACGUGGAUGGUGGUGAUGGCUUUUCUGGCUGGCAACAAUUCUCUUGGAUUUGGCUUUUGAAUUUGACCCUAAUGCUCGGCUGUCUGAUCAAGCUACUGGUUUACGGCGAUCCACAGUUGGAUACACAGACGGACGCCUACUGGCAGUACAAGCAACGCGCUGACUCGCACUUCGCCCAAGGACAGGCAUCGCAGGCGUACGCCGGUUACCUUAACUGUUUGCACAUGUUUGGCUUGAGUUUGCCGGCCACGCGGUUGGAGUGCUAUCUGCAGACCACCUGGCAGUUUAUGCGAUUCCUCUUCCAUCGCCUCUGGCUGGGUCGAGUGCUAUCGCGUCGUUCUGGAGGACUGUUCAGCAAUGCGGCGAGUCGGAAACAGUCAUUGGCUUCGGCACGGGAACUGGCUUUACUGUUCAACCGACUGAAUCAAUUGCAAUUGACUGGAAACGCAAGCCGCGGCGACGGCAAUGGCAUCAUGAUGGCCCUCUACGCCAGUAACAUGGCUGAAGUGGCUCACAAUCUCCUGACUCCGCGCGAGAUCAUCUGCAUCCAUGUAAUGACUGCACUGCGAAUGAAGAAAAGCGCGCCAAAGUGGCUGCAGCAGCUCUUUGCUCGAUACUAUAUGAGCCGGGCGCGUCAGGAAUGCGGUCGCACACGUGCUGCUGAGCAAACCCAGGAGUUGCGUUGGGCCUUUAGUCCCUAUGGAUAUCGUUACUGCACCACGCACGUCUUUAGCUACGAUUUGAACGAUUCCGGCGAGCAGUCUGGCUUUUUCACCCGUUUAAGGAAUCCCUGUGACCCCGCUGCCCACGUCAUAAAGCAAUACCGCGAACAUCUCUUGUUCAAGGCCAUUCAAUGUCUAGUGGGAGCUGGUCACAAGUCGGGUGGUUUGCCAACAUCUUCUACUGGAGGAGAAACGGAUCAAUUGCAGCAACAGCAGCACAGCGGCACCAUAGUUAGCAAUGUUCUCAAAUACACCUCGCUGCUGAGAGAUACACUGUGGGCCGAUGAGGACGAGCGCGAUUUGAAUGUGGUGUGGUGGGCAAAUGUCCUGGAGAUCGCAGUGCACUGGCUCCUGGGCGAAGACACAUUGGCCGAGCAGUUGUACGACAGCGUGAAGCAGAUGCCCGAGCAGCUGCAGCAAUGCAGCGAAAACGAUCAUCUGCCAAGGGCUUUGCAUGCGGUGCUCCGUGCCAAGACUAUACUACUAAUGAACAAUGGCAACACUCUGGACAAAGUGGUCAAACAAUCGGUGAACAGUCUGUGCAACGAGUCAAGUAUACAGCUCCAAGAAUGUCUAACUGUCAACCGAGUAACCAACGCCAAAGGCAUAAAGCUGUUAUUCCAAUUGCUCACUUGUGACUGGCUGCUCGAAACACGGACUGCUUUGUGGGAGCUGGAGUACAUGAAUAUAGAAGAUGAUGGCUUCUACCAAGUUCCCGGUGAUGUUUUGGAGAGUUUCCAGUACGAUUUGAAUUCGUUGCGCAGCAUUGUGGAAAAUAUACCGAACGCCCAAUCAAGAAUAUAUUUGUAUGAGGCAGUCUGUCGCCUGAUGGCCGGAGCCUCGCCUUGUCCAACGCAACAGCUUCUGGACAGGAGUCUCCGAUCGCGCUACGCCCACUCGUCCAUCUUCUGCGGCAGCAAGGAUCGGCGGCACCAAAACUUCGAAGGCGGGGAGCGCGAGCGGGCAUCGGCCAUGUACGUUGCCUGCAAGUAUCUGCCGCCCGCCCUGCUUAGCUCACCGGGCGAGCGUGCUGGCAUGCUGGCCGAGGCGGCCAAGACCCUGGAAAAGGUGGGCGACAAGAGAAAGCUGAAGGAAUGCUACCAGCUGAUGAAGUCGCUGGGCAACGGCAUUGGCAGUGUGAAAGCUUAGGAUAGGAAAGGAACCUUUACUAGAGCUUUUAUUCACGCUUUUCUCCUUUUUUCCCGCAUUGGUAGCGUGAAAGCUUAGGUUAAUCAGGAAAUAUAUAUAAUCAUAAGUAACAAGAAGGGAUGGAAAUUGAUGUUAAUUUGCAGUAAUUUAUUACCGUAUUUUCUGUCCCACAGAAGUAAAACCUUUUCCAGGCCUCUUCUAUUUACGCUUCUCCUCUUUUUUCACCCCACCCAAAUAUGCUUAAAUUGUAAGUCAAAACUAAUUUAAUAUGGAAAUUCGUAUUUGUUUAAUAUACAUGUAUAACGUACAGGUUAAACAUAUUUAAACCAAUAAAUAUUUUAACAGUU